CUCCUCCAAUCAUAUAAGACGACUGGCUGCCGGUGCCGGGGCCUCGCAGGAAACCAUCUUUCUCAUUACAGCAACGUGUGUUUUCGUCGAUCAAAGACUUGAGAUUCAGUUCGGGUGCAAUGGGUCGUCGCAAGUCCAAAAGAAAGCCUCCUACUAAGAAGAAGCUGACCGGGGAUCUGGAUAAUCAAUUCACUUGUCCCUUCUGCAACCACGAGAAGUCGUGCGAUGUCAAAUUGGAGAGAAGCAGAAACACUGGGAUCAUCUCCUGCACGGUGUGUUUGGAGGAGUUCCAGACGCCCAUCACCUAUCUGUCAGAGGCCGUUGACGUGUACAGUGAUUGGAUAGAUGCCUGUGAAGCAGCCAAUCAGUAGCCCGAGUGGAGCUGCAAGCCAAGACAAGGUUGCGGCGGCUGGGUCUGUGCCCUGUAGGAUCAAGCUCGUCUGAGGAUAUUUCAGUAUGGUCACUUGAAAUGUACAGCAGUCUUAAUUACAGUAUGAGGACUUCAGCACAAACAAGCUUUGAAUUGUUCCUGCUGAGUGAGGUUCAGAGUAAUGGUUCAGCCCACAAGUGUUGUCUUUACUCUUGAGAUUUAGUUCUUUAUUUGCAGUGUGUCAUUAUUGAGCACGGCUUUUGUUUGAUUUUAUUCUUUAGAAUUAUCUAAAAGACCCUUUAGAUCGUUUGUAGACAACCCUUUAUAAAACAUUUUAUGUUGAAGAUUGUGAAAAAAUUAGCUUUAGUUGCUUUUGUUUGCUGUGUAAAUGUAAUUUUAUACAAGUCACCGCUCGGUGCGAGAGUUAGAUUAACACAGUCAAUUACACAAAUCGUCCAUCAUUCACUGUUUUUAAAGCAAUCAUCUUUAACCAGGUGAAAUGUGCCAACGGUCACACGGCUCAAUGCACCAGUUGAUCUUCAGUAUUAUGUCAUUGGCAGAUCUGUAAUCCUUGUUGAUCGCCUUCAGGGAGCAUUGAUGUUACGGGUUCAGUCAUAAACAAUCACAAAGAUCUCCUCAUCCUCAUGCAGACGGCCGUGUCACAGCAUUAGGUCAUUCCACUGGAGAGCGGGACGGAAAUGUGAAGGAUGUAAGCUUAGCUGCUGAAUUCAUAAACUUUAAGUUCUUAAUCCAUUCAGAAUUUCAUGUGGUAUUAUGUUUUGCUUACACGUAGAAAGAAAUUUAAAAACUUCAACCACGUACAAAUCAUCUUUUGUUAUAGAGCAAUUAUGUAAAAAAAAAAAAGAAACAAAAAAAACAAAUAAUCUUAUCCCAUAAUCAAGCUGUGAUAGUUUAUUUUCAUAUGCAAAGGCCAAAAAGGAGGAAGCUGUUUUUUCAUUAUUUUUUUUUUUUUUUUAUGUAAUGAAAACAUUCAAAGGUGUGACGUUGGAAAUAAAUGAGCAAUAAUACUUGAUACUAGUAAAAGUUGAUUGUUUAUUUUAUUAUAUUAUGUGUUAAAUACCAUGUUUGAGUAGAUGUUCCCAAAUAAACCUUGCACCAUCAUGAGCAAAA